CGGGUCUCGGGUCAACUUCGGGUCGGGUCAUUUCGGGUCAGGUCGUUUCGGGUCAAGUCAUUUCGGGUUUCGGGUCAAGGUCGGGUCAAUUCCACUUCGGGUCAGGUAUGGGUCGGGUCGGGUUGAUUUCGGGUUUCGGGUCAAUUUCGGGUCACUGUUUUCGGGUCAAUUUCGGGUCAUGGGUCGGGUCAUUCGGGUCGGGUCUGGGUCAAGAUUGCCAGGUCUACUACUAUACACUAAUACACUUGUGCAUUUAUGGACCUAGCGAGUUAUGUACGGAAACUAGAAAAAAACACAAGAAAAUUCAAAUAGGCAACCAACAAUAGUGAUGGAUUCGUUCAAACAAAACAAAGAAAACAAAAAAAAAAGGGUUUUUCUACAUUAUGACCCUGUUUUUUCGCUUUUUCUACGUUGUGACAUGCCUUUUUUGAUUUUCUACGCUGUAACCCUAAAUUACCAAACGUUUCUACGUUGUGACCUUGCCGUUAAGUUGACGUUAGUGUCUUCCGUUAAGUCAAAUUAACCCUAACGAUGUUAGGCUGUUAGGCUGUUUUGACCUAACCACCGCGCAAAUCUACCCUCUCUCCACCACCUCACCGUCUUCUCCACCCUUCAAUUCCUCGAAACCCUAAUCGAUCAGUCAACCAAUUUUCCUUCAAUGGAGUUCUUUACUCUUUAGGGUUUCCACCCCCUUUUCCUUGCCAUCUCUCUGAGACCAACCUGCUCCGUAUCUUAUUCGAUCUUACAAUAUUCGUUUUUAUGGCGAUCCGAUACACCGUCUCUUUUUGCGCUACCAUUGCCCAGAACAUCGCUUCCUCAGCCAGUCACCGUGUUACGAAUUACCGAUGUAUUCAUGAUUUUGUCACGAAACCUCGGGCAACGGCUGCGAACCCGAAUUUGGAUUCGCGUAAGAAUUACCAUUAUUCUCAUCGUAAUAAUAGCACGAAUAAUCAGCCGGAUGUUCGGCGAUCGAAGCCCAGUUCGAGUUCUAGAGGUAGGACGUCGUCGUUUAGUACUUUUGCUGCGGAUUUGAUUACUGGGAAUAGUUGUAAUAGUAGUCCAGUGGCUGCUGGGUUGAUGUCGCUGGUGAAUUCCGCCAUUUUUGGAGGUUCAAUUUCGAGUACAAUGGGGUCAAUGGGAGUUGCGCCGCUUCGGGGUGCUUUGAUUAUUCCGUUCUUGCAGGUUUCGAAAUGGCUGCCGUGUAAUGAGCCUGCGUUGAUCCGAUCGACGAGUAAUGAUGUAGAUAAAGGAGGGACUUCGAAGGUUUUGGAUGAGAGUAUGAUAAAGAAGAAGGUUGUUAAUUUGACUUAACGGAAGACACUAACGUCAACUUAACGGCAGGGUCACAACGUAGAAACGUUUGGUAAUUUAGGGUUACAGCGUAGAAAAUCAAAAAAAGCAUGUCACAACGUAGAAAAAGCGAAAAAACAGGGUCAUAAUGUAGAAAAACCCAAAAAAAAAAGUGACGUAUAGCUCUUGUGAAAUAGACGAGUAUACAAGUAUGUGGAGAAGGGGGCUGAAAAGUAAGUGCAGGUUAGUAGUAUAGGAAGUAGUUGUUCUGUCAAUUAAUAGUUUGGCCCAAAUCAUGAUUAUGGAUAGAAUUUUGAGGGCUUAAGCUUAAUGGCCAUAAUUAAGACCAAGACUAUUGUGUAAGUAGUAGGAGUAGUAAGUAGUAACUCUCUUAACUGAAAGCUAAUCAGCUUUGGUGCAGUGCGCCACUCAUAUUAUAUUAUGCAUGUCAUUAAUCUCAUGAUUUCUACUGUAAUAUAUUGGUGAGGUGGGAUUGAAAUAUUAC